UGGAAAGAGACGGGCCUCGUCGUAUCCUGAGGGAAGCACUCUGGUAGAUCUACACUGACAGUCAAUCGCUGUUCAUCGGAAGAUUCUCCCCAGAAACACUGGAUCUGUCGGGACACGAAAACACAUCCGUGCAGUUACUAAUAGUCUUCGGAGGAAAGCUGUCAUGCUGUUUUCACACAGUUAAGGUUGUGUGUGGGUUUGGGAUAUUCAGCCAUGCUACAGCAGUCUGAGCUCAUCUUUGACUUCGCCAGUGACCAUGUUACCAUGUCACAGUUGGGGGUUUACUCAGAUUACCCUGCCGUGAUUGUAGAACAGGUUCCCCACCCACACCUGCUUUCAUAUGCAGGUCUGGCGUGUGAACAGUCACAUACAGAGGAUCACCAUCACCAGCAGCUGCUCAAAGUGGAGCCAUGUGAAAGUGGAGAGGAAGAGACCAUGGAGACACUUGUUGCAGCUGACUCGCUUCUCAACAUGGACUGCCCUGACACCCUCUCCCUGGAACAAUACUCCCAGACCUUCUUACCAUCACUGGGCGAUGUCAUCACUACUCCUGUUACCCAGGUGACUGUGUCAGCGGAGGGGAUAGUGGGAGCUGUUGACCAGCCACGUUGGCACUCAUUGCACACAAAGAAGCCUGCGGCACAGCUGCAGUCCAAAAAAAGAGGAAGAAAACCUCGACAUAGAAGGGCUGAGUCUCCCACACCAGACAUUAUAGUGAAGAAGGACAAAUACAACAAAGGAGGAAACACACUGUACCUCUGGCAGUUCCUGAUGGAGUUGUUGCAGGACCGACAGGUCUGCCCCCGCUACAUUAAAUGGACUAAUCCCCACGCAGGAAUCUUCAAGUUGGUCAACUCUAAAGCUGUGGCCAGACUCUGGGGCAAACACAAAAACAAGCCAGAUAUGAAUUAUGAGACAAUGGGCAGAGCACUCAGGUACUACUACCAGAGAGGCAUACUGAACAAGGUUGAAGGCCAGCGCCUCGUCUACCAGUUCACUUCUCUGCCCAAAGACAUGAUUUAUAUCACAGAUGGAGAUUGCACCAAAGAGGAAGAAGAAUACGACGACAAUAGUGGCAAUGAUGAGGGUGUGAGUGACGACUCUGAUGACAGCACAAUACCUUCUAGUGACCAAUCGGUGGCGGAGGAAGAUUUACACCCACCACAGAAGAAAACGUUGACCAGCUCUGUCCGAGCCCCGGCUGCCCAGCGGAGCAGACCAGCUCCCAGGCCCUCAGGCCAGCGUGACACCGUCCUGCGGCCUGCCAGCACCAGCUUGAUCCAGGAGCAGCAUUUGCCUAUUGUGUCUGCUGAGAUGCUGCGGACUCUCCAGAACCUGCCGAAGGUCCAGAGCCUGCAGCCCGCGGGUCACGCGUCGGUCUUCAGAACGGCUCAGCUGCUGGGGAGUCUGUGUGAGCAACAGGCUGCUGCUGAGGAGAUACCUGAUGAAAGGUCACACUCAGGACAGAAAACUUCACAAGUGGAGACUCCUCAGCUGGUACCCCUAAGUGGCUCUGACCAAUAGAAGAGACCGAUGCCCAGUCAAUCCCAAACACACACAUGCACAUACACUCCACUGACUCAGGACCAGUUACAGAGCUGCACUUUGCUGUGGCAAUGUCUGCACACCAGGGCUUUUGUUACUGAAGUGUGUAAGAGCAGGAGUAAUUGCUCUGGGAUUAUUUUUGUGUUUUAGACUAUUAUGAAUUGGUAACAAAAGUAAUUCUAAAUCAGUACUUCUUCUCUGACAUCUGAGUUGGCAGGAACUAAAUUCUCACAGCAUUCAGCAGGUUACUUUCUUAGAAGACAAAAGCUCACUUCCUUUAUCUCAGCCUUCUGUCCGUCUCUGUAGCUGUUAACUAUACAAGACACCAAAGACAGACAUGCACUGGAAUCUACAGCCCUUCUGCACCUCCUGCAGACACACCCUCUGCUUGCACUUAACCUCCUGCAUCAUGGAGCAAAUGGCCUGAUCAGCACACACUGUGCCCUCCUUCUCUGCCUUUACUCUCGCGCUUUCCCACUCCACAUCUUUUGUUGUUCUGUCACAUGCUGAAUCAUUCCUCUGCCUUGAAAAUGGCUUUGCACUAAUGUUUACCUCUGCUGUAUGUUUCUUCUCUAAAGUGCCUGAAGACCUCAGUCUACCCUGUUCCUGCUUCCUCUGUUCCUGGUAAUCAUGAGGUUAUUGAGGGAAAACAUUCCAUGUUAUUAUUUUUUAAGAUCACUGAAUUAAGAUUUUUAUUGUGAAAAUGUUGAAAACAAGGGAUCACUGUUAUUUGUAGAAUAUUAAUUUAGCACUGCUGCUGUUUAUAGUGGAUGUAUCUACACAGCGGGCCUUCCUUUUGUUGACAAUCACCAGUGAAAUGGCCUUGUAGCCUUUUAUUUAGUUAAAAUGGCCUCCUGCAGAGUCAUACUGCUACUAUUUAGCCUUUCUGCUAUGCACACACUCUGUUUUGUUGUCACACAUAUAUAGAUGCAUAUAUGGACCUAAAGCCUUGAAAUCUUUCAUUGUGAUAUAUACUGUAGGCUAUGUCUGUGAACAUGCUUGACUUUGUGCCUUGUUGCCAUUUUCUCCCUCAGGUUUGUAAAAAUGUGUUUUCUGCACAGUGUACUCAAUGCAGUAAAACGGCUGGCCCUGUAUAAUGAAGUAAUGCGAAGUUCAGUGUUUAUUCUCUUCAAUUCUUAGUUUAGCCUUACAAAGGUCAACUCACUCCAGUUUGAGAUUUGAAAAAUUGAGCUUGUAAGAUUAAGGCAGACUUCUGUCAGGGCUGUAACUAACGAUUAUUUUCACUGUCGAUAAAUCUUAUUUUCUCAAAUAAUCGAUUAGUUGUUUGGUCUAUAAAAUGCCAGAAAAUUCUGAAAAAUGUCAAGAUGACAUCCUCAAAUAUCUUGUUUACUGUCAUAAAGGAGUAAAGAAACUAGAAAAUAUUACAUUAAAGAAGCUGGAGUCAAACCGAUUAAUCCUUUAGUAUAAAUAGUUAGUGAUUAAUGUGAUCAAUUAACCGUUGCAGCCCUACUUAUAACUGUGCCUUUCUCCAGGGAGCCCUAUGCAAAGCUGUUUUCACUUUAUUAGUGAGUAAACCAUUUAAUCAUUUUGCUUUAUCUGUCUGUUGAUACUGUAAUUUUUUACUGAUGUGGAUUUGUGGGCUUGUAGCAGAGGGAGAGGUGGAGUUUCUGUUUCUUUAUUUCUGUGUGUUUGCUUUCGUGCAGUCCAGAUGUGUUGAAAAGAUAAUGGUCUAUUAUAUGAAAUAAACUUAAUUUUAUCAUUGUC